AGGCUUCUUCACUUGGGAUCGGAAACGCCGCCGACCGUCAUGGCCCUCAUCAACGCGCACCUUGAGCAGAUUGCUCUCUCAUGCCAAGGGAUCAAUUCUCUUCCCUUCCCGCCCCCCAAGAUUUUCACCAACGCCCUCCUCCACAACAACGACAUCACCUCUUUGAUCCGAGAUACCGAGCCCCACGAGCGAGCCCUCUUCUCCGUACCACCACCGCUCCCGUCGACCACCCAGUCCUCCAUCGCAAAACCGGAGGGCGACCGCCGCAAGACAGUCUUCGCCGUCUCGUCCGGGGAGGUCACAGCGGGUGGGGGGAUCACCGGCCGUCCGGCGCGUCGCAACACUGCAGUGGCUGCCGUUCUGGGCGGGGAACUGCACAGCAAGCUCUCCCGGCGGCCAUAUGGGAGCGGGAGCGGCGGCAACGGUGAUGUGAGGGGCGGCGGGGCUAAGAAUGAUGUGGACGUCGAUAUCCUGCUACGGGGUGCGGAGAAGCUGUGCGGGGUAUACGCGCCUCCCGGGGCUCUGGAGAGGAUCUCAACCCUCAGGGCGAGGUGGGCGAGGAGCGGGGCCACGUUGGAGUACUAUGAGACGAAGGUGGCGGAGCAGACGGAAGCGCUGGAGGCGUUGAAUCGGGGCUAUUGGAUGGAUGAGGGCGAGAGGGAAGAUGGACGAGAGGAGGAGGGCACAUGGGACGAAGGGGACGAUGGCAUGACGGAGGAGGACCUACGUGCCGAAGAGGAAGAGGUGCGGGAGCUGGAGAGGAAGAAGAGGGAGUUGCAGGAGAGGUUACGGGCGAUGGAAAAGGACCUUGGGGGCCUUUUGCACAUGUGAUGCAUGUGAUGCUGAAGGCGUUCUCUGUCGGUGGACAACCUGAACAGAACUGCGGCAUGUAUGAUGAUGAUGAAGAUGAUACCCAUUUGCGAAGAGUCUCAGAUGAUAUUUUAGCCCCCUUUAGACAAUACAAUAGACACAC